AGAGUCCCGGAAUCAGCCGUUGGUUUGAAUGUACGGUACGGUAAUCGCGGCCGCGGAACGUUUUGUUUGUAGUGUCGGGUGCGAUUUUGUGUCGUUUUUCAAUGAUAUUAAACGGAAUUAAGUGCGAAAAUGUGAAAAUUAUGUGCAUGUGACUACUUGUGAAAUGAUUUUGUUUAUUUUAUGAGUGUAGUUCCCCGCAAAUUUGGAUUAAUGUGGUUUUACAAGAGCUGAACCGUCGCAUUCAAACCAUGAAGCGACCUGUGGAUUACCUGCUGUCCCUCAUUCUAUUCUGCUUAUUCUCAACGGUCGUAGAAGGUUUCGUGUCAUGCUCCCCAAAUCCUUGCAAAAAAGGAGGGACAUGCGUCUCAACACCAAGAGGCGAAUCCUACUGCAACUGCACGGCGAUGUACGUGGGGGAGUACUGUCAGCACCUGAACCCGUGCCACACGGGUCCGGGCCCGCGGUGCCAGAACGGCGGGACGUGCCACGUGCGGACCUCGCCGCAGUCGAGCCCGGGCUUCUUCUGCUCGUGCCCGAUCGGGUUCUCGGCCUCCCUCUGCGAGAUCCCCAUCAAGAACUCGUGCGACUCCCAGCCCUGCCAGAACGGCGGCACCUGCACCCUCCGCUCCCUCGACUCCUACAACUGCACCUGCGCCCCCGGAUUCGCCGGGAGUCAUUGUGAACGGCAAGAUUUCUGCGCGCCUCAACCAUGCCGCAACGGCGCCACCUGCGAGUCGUUGGAUCACAGGUAUCAGUGCUCGUGCGCCCCCGGGUUUUCCGGCCCCACCUGCUCCGACGACGUCAACGAGUGCUUCAAUUCGCCUUGCCAAAAAGGAAAAUGCUUCAACACCCAUGGAUCCUACACGUGUAUCUGUGAAUCGGGUUAUACGGGUAAAAACUGCGAGAGCAAGUACGUACCGUGCGAUCCGUCGCCAUGUCGUCACGGUGGCACUUGCGAAGAAGUCGACGCUCUGAAUUACAAAUGCGAAUGUCCGCCCGGUUUCCGGGGGAUGAACUGCGAGGAGAACAUAGACGACUGCCCGGGGAACCACUGUCAGAACGGCGGGAGCUGCGUGGACGGGGUCCAGGGCUACACGUGCCUGUGCCCGGCGACGUACACGGGGAAGUUCUGCGAGCAGGACGUGGACGAGUGCCUCCUCCGGCCGAGCGUCUGCCACAACGGCGCCACGUGCACCAACAUGGUCGGCGGCUACUCCUGCAUCUGCGUCAACGGCUGGAACGGGCCCGACUGCUCCAUCAACAUCGACGACUGCGCCGGAGCCGCCUGCUUCAACGGAGCCACCUGCAUCGACCGCGUCGGCAGCUUCUACUGCCAGUGCACCGCCGGCAAAACAGGUCUACUGUGUCAUUUGGACGAUGCUUGCACAUCGAACCCGUGUCACGCCGAUGCGAUCUGUGACACCUCGCCCAUCAACGGAUCUUACACAUGCUCCUGCGCCUCUGGUUAUGAAGGACUCGAUUGCUCCGAAGACAUCAACGAAUGUGCACAAGGGUCUCCUUGUGAACAUGAUGGGAUCUGUGUGAACACGCCUGGAUCAUUCGCUUGCAACUGCACACAGGGAUUUACAGGGCCCAGAUGCGAAACCAAUGUCAACGAGUGUGAAUCGCAUCCAUGCCAAAACGAAGGAUCUUGUUUGGAUGACCCUGGAACUUUCAGAUGCGUUUGCAUGCCAGGUUUUACUGGAAAUAUGUGUCAAAUUGACAUAGAUGAAUGUGCGAUCAAUCCCUGUCUCAAUGGUGGCGUUUGUACAGAUCGAAUCAAUUCCUUCACUUGCACGUGUCCUGUUGGCUUCACUGGUACCAGAUGUCAAACGAACAUUGAUGACUGCAUCAGCUCACCUUGCCAAAAUGGUGGCAUCUGUCACGAUUCCGUUGGCGGAUACACUUGCCAAUGUCCUCCUGGCUUUACAGGGCCACGCUGCGAAACGAACAUCAACGAUUGUCAAUCUUCUCCUUGUCACCGUGGCGAUUGUAUUGAUGGGCAGAAUUCGUUCACUUGUGCAUGUUACCCAGGCUACACCGGGUACCUCUGUCAGAACCAGAUUGAUGAAUGCGCCAGCAACCCUUGCCAAUAUGGAGGCACUUGUGAAGAUCUAAUCGAUGGCUACCAGUGCAGAUGCCGCUCAGGAACAUCAGGCCCCAAUUGUGAAAUCAAUGUCAAUGAAUGUUACUCUAAUCCAUGUCGAAAUGGUGCAAAGUGUGUUGAUGGAAUCAACAGGUAUUCCUGCGAAUGUCUGCCUGGUUUUACUGGUCAGCACUGCGAAACAAACAUUAACGAAUGUGCCAGCAAUCCUUGCGCUAAUAAUGGUGUUUGUGUUGAUCUCAUUAAUGGUUUCCGUUGCGACUGCCCCCGUGGAUAUUACGAUGCCCGUUGCUUGAGCGAUGUUGAUGAGUGUGCAAGCAACCCUUGCAUGAACCAUGGAAAAUGUGAAGAUGGUCUCAAUCAAUUCAUCUGCAAAUGUCUCCCUGGUUACGGAGGAAAACGUUGCGAAUUGGACAUUGACGAAUGCUUCUCCAACCCGUGCCAACAUGGAGGAGUGUGCAAUGAUCGCCUGAAUGGCUAUUUCUGCUCCUGUCAGCCUGGAUACACUGGAUUAAACUGUGAAGUGAACAUCAAUGAUUGUGCCAGUGCUCCUUGUAUCAAUGGUGGUUCCUGCAUUGACCAAGUAAAUUCGUAUUAUUGCGCCUGUGUUUUGCCCUUCACAGGGCAAAAUUGUGAGAGGAGAUUGGAUCCAUGCUCUCCAAACAACUGCAAAAACGGAGCUCACUGUUCUCCUUCUUCCAACUUCCACGAUUUCGCUUGUCACUGCGGAUCUGGAUGGGCAGGCAGAUACUGCGACGAAGACGUGGACGAAUGCGCUAUUAGUCAACCUUGUCGCAAUGGCGCAACUUGCCACAACACCAAUGGCUCCUAUUUCUGUGCCUGCGCUCCUGGUUAUGAGGGUCGCGACUGUUUGAUCAACACUGAUGAUUGUGCAUCAUUCCCUUGUCAGAAUGGAGGUGCAUGUCUGGAUGGUAUUGGGGAUUACACGUGCCUCUGCGUCGAUGGUUUUGCUGGAAAACAUUGCGAAUCGGACAUUGAUGAGUGUCUGUCAAGUCCCUGUCUGAACGGCGCUACCUGCACACAGUAUGUCAACUCAUACACCUGCUCGUGUCCCCAUGGCUUCUCUGGUCCUCGUUGUGAAACCAACGAUCAAGAUUGCACCGAAAGCUCAUGCAUGAAUAAUGGAACCUGCAUUGACGGCAUCAACUCCUACACUUGUAACUGUAGACCAGGCUAUACCGGUAGCAACUGUCAAACCCGCAUCAACGAGUGCGACUCAGGCCCAUGUUCGAACGGAGCAACCUGCAUUGAUUAUGGAAGGUACUAUAAAUGUCAUUGUCCAUACGGAUUCACAGGCAAUCUGUGUGAAAACUAUGUAGACUGGUGUGCUGGCGACCCAUGUAUGAACGGUGCUACUUGCCACCAACGAGGCCCAUCAUACCACUGUACAUGCCCGCCAGGCUGGACCGGAAAAGUCUGCGAUGUAGAGAUGGUUUCGUGUUAUGAUGCAGCUAUACGGAAAGGAGUCAGCCGCGAUCUGCUGUGUAACAACGGAACUUGCGAAGAUUUUGGUAACAGCCACCUAUGCAUCUGUAAUGAAGGUUACACAGGCAGUUAUUGCGCCAUUGAACUCAAUGAAUGUGAUUCAGCUCCAUGUCUGAACGGCGCCACUUGCACAGAUCUUGUCGGCAGCUAUUUGUGUUCCUGCACAAAAGGUUUCCAGGGUCAAAACUGUGAGCUUAAUGUCGAUGAUUGUAAACCAAACCCAUGUCAAAAUGGUGGUACUUGCCAUGAUCUUGUCAGCGGUUUCAGUUGCUCAUGUCCGCCAGGUACUCUUGGAAUUCUCUGUGAAAUCAAUGUGGAUGACUGCACCCCCACAUCUUGCCACAAUAAUGGAACAUGCAUUGAUCGCGUUGGCGGGUUCGAUUGCAAGUGUCCAGCUGGUUUUGUUGGUCCACGCUGCGAAGGCGACAUCAACGAGUGUCUUUCAAACCCCUGCUCUCCCCAUGGAACACAAGACUGCGUGCAACUCAUCAACAACUACCAUUGCAACUGCAAGCCAGGCUAUAUGGGCCGCAUUUGCGAACUGAAAGUCAAUUUCUGCGAGAGCGGACCGUGCCAAAACGGUGGGGUUUGCUCUGUCAUUGAGGGUGGACACAAGUGUCUUUGUCCAGAGGGCUACUCCGGCAAAAAUUGCGAAUACUCUGGCUUUAACUGCGCUUCUCACCCUUGUCAGAAUGGUGGAACUUGUGUGUCACUUGAUUCUGGAGGCUACAGGUGUGACUGCCCGAUCGGCUCUAUGGGAUCACAUUGCGAGUUCGAUAGUCGUGAUGAGUGUGAAAGCGACCCUUGCUUAAACGGUGGAGAGUGCCAAGACCGCAUCGGAGACUACUCCUGCUUCUGCCGUCCAACUUGGACUGGAAAGAAUUGUGAUCUUUUUGACAUCAAUUCUAGAGGUGGCCUUGGCAGUUUCAUUGGAAAACAGACAAUUCUGUUUGGAGUCAAGCCAGGAAGAGAAGAGCAGUGCUCCCAACGGUGUCGAGAAAAAGCCGGCAACUACUACUGCGACAAAGAAUGCAAUCGGCCAGAGUGCAACUUUGAUGGUGGUGAUUGUUCCCUGGGUAUCAAUCCUUGGCUCAACUGCUCUGCCCCAAUCAACUGUUGGGAGGUCUUCAUGAAUGGACAGUGUGACGAGCUUUGCAACAACCCUCAAUGUCUCUUUGAUGGCAGAGAUUGUGAAAAGUCUCUUCAACCCUGCAACCCUGUUUUUGAUUAUUAUUGCUCGCAACAUUAUAACAACGGUAUUUGUGAGCCUGGUUGUAACAAUGCUGAAUGUAACUGGGAUGGUCUUGACUGUGUCCGCAAUCUUCCUCCUAGCCUUGUUGAAGGAGCACUGUCUGUGGUAGUUCUGAUGGAUAUAAGCACCUUUAAACAAAAUCUAAUCAACUUCCUGCGAGAGUACGGGCAUCACUUACGAGCAACGGUGAGAGUGAAACAUGAUGCUGAUGGAAAAGAAAUGAUCUAUCCUUGGAAAGCAUCAAGCGGUGGAACCUCUGGAGGAAUUUCGAAUGGUGUCAUUGUCUAUCUUGAAUUGGAUAACCGAGGGUGCGAAAACAAUCCUGGUGCUGAGUGUUUCCUUAGUGCCAGCGAAGCAGCGGAGUACCUUGCUGCAACAGCUGUCUCUCACACUCUCCCAAAAACAUUCCCAAUCUAUCAAGUGCGUGGUAUUUCCUCUCCAGAUACACCAGCAAAUAACACCCCUGCCAAUGGUACAUAUAUCGCUGUUGGUGUCAUCAUGACCUUACUGAUUGGUCUCCUAUUAGGUGUCAUGGUAACGGCUCAGCGCAAACGUGCUCACGGUAUAACUUGGUUCCCGGAAGGUUUCUUGACCAACAAUAAUGAACACAGGAGAAGUAGACGCAAAGGACCCGAUGGCCAGGAAAUGCGCAACAUGAAGCAACAGGCGAUUAGCUGCUUGGAAGGGAAUUCAAAUCAUUGGUCUGAUGAUGAAAGUGAACUUCCGCCUGCCAAACGAGCUCGAGGAGGGGACUCAGAAUAUGAGCAUAUGUGGCCUCCUCACUCAGGGGACAAUCAGAACUCCUUGAUUUUGACCCCACCCAGUCUGGACAACAAUACAGGCCAGUAUGGAAUGAAUUGUCUGAUGCCGGCCUCUGCACGCAGCACCAAUCUUGAAACAGGUGACGAAGAAGAAGAUGAAAAUACAGCCGCUCAUAUCGCUGAUUUGGUGGCUCAGGGUGUUGAUAUCAACGCAGCGAUGGACAAAACAGGUGAAACUGCGUUACAUCGUGCUGCACGCUAUGCCCGGUCCGAUAAGUCAAAGAGACUUCUUGAUGCUGGUGCAGAUGCCAACUCUCAAGAUAACACUGGCCGCACACCCUUGCAUGCUGCAGUCGCGGCCGAUGCCAUGGGCGUAUUCCAGAUUCUGCUCAGGAAUCGAGCAACAGACCUCAAUGCCAAAAUGCAUGAUGGAACCACUCCGCUCAUUUUGGCAGCGCGGCUAGCCAUCGAAGGCAUGGUGGAAGAUUUGAUCAAUGCAGAUGCUGAUAUUAAUCUGGCUGACAACAGUGGUAAAACUGCUCUCCAUUGGGCCUCAGCUGUCAAUAACACAGAUGCUGUUAACAUUUUGCUCGCCCAUGGCGCUAAUCGAGAUGCCCAAGAUGACAAAGACGAGACUCCUCUGUUCCUAGCAGCCCGUGAGGGUAGCUUUGAAGCAUGCAAAGCUUUGCUUGAUAACUUUGCAAAUAGAGAAAUCACCGAUCACAUGGAUCGGUUACCUCGUGAUGUUGCGUCUGAAAGGCUUCAUCAUGAUAUAGUGAGAUUACUGAAUGAGCACGUCCCUCAUUCGCCACAAAUGGUGUCUGUGAACUUGAAUGGCAGCACCCUGCUAAGCUCGCCGAACCACCAUCACCAUCUAAUAAGCCAGCCCACAGUUAUCGGUUCUGGAAAGGGUGGAAGUGCCAAAGCAAAGAAAAGACUUAACAAGAAUAAUGGUAGCCUCAAUAGUCCCGAUUCUGAUAAUACGCAAUCUGUAAGGCGGAAGAAUAGUAUUAAAAAUAAGUCAAAUAAAAAGCCAUCCUCUCUUGAAGGAACUGUUCUACCAGGCCUUGAAGCAUCUCUUUAUGACAAUUCUGUCAUUCAUCAGCUUCCUUCAUAUGAAGAUUGCAACAAGGCUAUGCCAAUGCAGAGCUUAGGCAUUGAGUAUCCAUACUCAGGACUGCAUGGUUUCCAAGAACCAUCGCCCCCACAUAGUGUGACAUUAUCGCCCUCACCGGCAAAAACACGUGGUCCUAAUCUGCCAACGUCGCCAACCCACAUGGCAGCGAUGCGAGUCGCUACACAUCAAAAACAAUUAGCUAUGCAGUUUGAUUUCUCUGAUACAUUGUGUAAUAAUAUGGGUCCACCGUAUCAGCAGCCACUCAUGAAUUCUGGUUUGCCAACGCAACCAUACCACAACUUCACAUGUCACUACCUCACUCCCCCUUCGGAAGCUCCCCCUUCGGAAGCUCCGCCUUCGGAAAGUUUUCCGACUGAUUCGCCAGAAAGCCCAUUGUACUGGUCUAGUUCGUCACCGCACUCUAAUUCAGAUUGGUCUGAGGGUAUAUCCAGUCCAAAUGCGCAACAAACAGGUAGUAAACAAGCAGAUGGACUUUAUGUUUAAUCCCUUUAGGAUGUAUUAUUUUCUAGCCAUUUUAUUUUAAUUUAAAUCUUUCGCGUUUUGGAAUCAAUGUGAUAUCAAUUUUUAAGAAGUAACUUUAGUUAUUUUUAAAUAGUUUGCGAUCUGACCUUAUGUGCCCCGGCUUUAAACUAUUUCAUGUUUGCUUGUAAGUAUUUUUUUUAGAAACGACUAUUAUAUUUUAAAUGUACAGCUUGUUAAUGUUGUUAAGUUUUUGACUGGGGGAAAUUCUCCCUAGCAAGCACUCUCAUGUUUCCUAAUAAUGCUUAAUUGUACUAAAAAUCGUAGCCACGAAGUAUUAGUGGAAUGUGACUGUCAUUUUUUACCAUUCGUGGUCACAACAAGCGCAUCAACUACUGUAUGUGCUAUCAGAAAUCAUCCUAAACUUAUAUUAGGGCAUCAGACACAGGAUACAUGAGAGUGUGGUACAAGUUACUUUUGUACCCCCAAUUUUAUGAUUGUUAUCAUAAUAUAUCUGUAGAGGUAAAUAAAAUGAAAAGAUCUCAUUUGUCUAGAAUUUUCUCUAGAUGUUUAUAUUUUCAAUCAAAAUGGGAUUUUGUAAUCCCAUGUUCAUCUUAUUCGAUUUUAGGUCAACUUGAGUCUGUUGCUUUUUAAUUGUCCAGAAAGCUAGGUUCCUCGAUUAUUUUUCUUUUUCUCUCUAUCUCUUUCUCUCUCUGAAAAAUUGAGAGAUCUCAAAAGACACAGGUUUUUCAUUUGAAAGUUUUGGGGGCCUAAAAUGUGGUUUGCUGUUGAGUACCUCCUAGCCUGAAGUGGAUUGGCAGAAAUAUAUUGAGACAGAUCCCUUGGUGACAGUUUGUAUGGUUGACAAAAGUAGCUGAUUCAUCAAGUUAACUCCCUCCUCACCCCUCUCACCUACAUUUUAACAGAUUUAUUUUACCUGUUGAUUGCCACACCAAUUGGACGAAACACAGGACAAUAUUAUUUGCGGAGCCUGGUGGCUAAUGUGUUACCAAUGUUCCUCAUCUGCUGGUUUUCACCUAUAACCUUCGAGUCCAUCUCUGAACUAAUUGUGUACUCGUAGAAGUACAUUUAAUAUAGAGAAUUGCCCUAAUUACCAAUACAAAUUCUAGCCCUCUUUUUGGUAGCUAUACUUUCAAAGUAUCCACUGAAAGUGCAUGGUGGUUUUGGACAAGGAAAGAAAUUCCGUUAAGACAUUUUGCUGUGUCUUAUUUGUUCAGAACAUGCUACUCUUCAGUAUCAGCAGGAAGGUUGUAGAAAAUUAUUAGGGAGUGGCUGCUGCCAAUUUGUAACAGUUACACUCGAUGCAACAUUUGCUCAAACUGGCUGUACGUUUUUAGUGUUCACUAAAUUUCAAGGCUGUUAUCCCUGUCUUGUGUUAUAUUUUGGAGGUUUCUUUUCAGUUUCAAACUUCAGAUUGCAACCAUUUACUUGCCAGUUUUUCAGCAAGGGAACUGGCACAUUUUAUCGUAAUAUGCGUCAAAGUUGCUACUUCUAUGCACACUUGUGAAUGUAAAUAUGUAACUAUCCGCUAAGAUGUGUACAUUUUUUAGGUGUUACAACUUGUUGAAAAUUAUCAACUGUGGUUUAUUUUUUAUUUUAUUUUUUUUUUUUGUUAACUGUAAGAAUGCUUUAAAUCAGUCACCUCUUUUUUAAAUCAUGGAUGAUGUUUUUCUAUCCAAAGUGUUUUAGUCGAUCAAAUCACCAUUCUUCUUUCAAGGAAUCGCAAAUCAUUCAGUAUUUUUUGUUUCAUCUAUUAUUUUAUCAAGACAGCUGAUAUCAUGUCAUGAUUUUUUGCUUUUAUCAGGGCCUUAAAAAUUUAAAUAUAAGUAUUUUUUGAAGGAACCCAAAUGGAUCAAACUAUUUUUUUACUCUUUCCAGUGAUCAGUAGAAGUUUUUUUUUAUCUUUAACUAAUUCAAGAUUUUAAUGUUUUAAAUAAUCAAAUUUUACACCAAGAAACAUGACUCUUUGACCUAUCUUGAUGUCUGACUUUUUGUUUCUUCAAGUCAUGCCAUUAAUAAACACCAAGAAACAUGACUCUUUGACCUAUCUUGAUGUCUGACUUUUUGUUUCUUCAAGUCAUGCCAUUAAUAAACAAAGUAUUAGAUGUUUCAAGACUGUCAAGUCCUUCUCUCUAAGCCUUUUUGAUGAUUGCUUCAGUAUUUUACCAAUCUAACAAGUAUUUACUUAGAUCUUCUCAAUUUUAGUUUUUCGAAGCUAGUCUCCAGCCAUCAACAACCAUUGAAAUCUUUUUUACUCAUUUUAUGAAAGAUUUAAAUAAUUUAUCUGAAUUUGAUCUGAUUUUUAUAUAAUUUAAAAUGUAGAGAAUAUUUUACACCGUAGGUAUUUGUUUUUUUUUUACACUCACUUAGAUGUGUAUAAAAAAAUGAGAAUCAGAUUUUUAUCUGCUAUUUUAAAAUCUAAUGAAGGAAACUGAAUUAUUUUCUUGGAGCUUAAACUUGAAUCAAAAGCGAUCAUGUAGGUAUUCAAUAACAAUUUAGAAGGACAAACUGUGUAUUGUGAUAAAAAUCAUUUUGUUGAUAUUUUAUGAAGUCUUCUUCACCUUGAUGUACAUGAUGGUUGUUAGUUUAUAGUAUCCUUAAUAAUAGUUGUUAAUAUUUUUUUGUACUUUUGUAGUACAGUGAAUCAGCAGAGGUAUCCUAUUUUAUGGAUCUAAAAUAAUUUUGAAGGUAUUUUUUUAAAACCCAUCUCUUCUUCUUAAAUGGCCUUUCGUUCAAACGAGCUUCCGUACUUUUUUACAGCCUAUUUAUUGAUCAAAUACUCAUCUUGAAUAAUUUUUUAAGUAUUUUUACUUGCCAAAUGAAUUUAUCCUGUGUUCCUAGGAUCUUGCAAAAUACAAAAAAUACUAUAAGAUUUUACAAUUUUACAUAGACUGGUAAUUUUUUAAUCUUGAUAAAGUAUUUUAUUUUUUUUUAUAUAAAGUAUAUCGUAAAUUUUUAGACAAAAAUCUCUUCGAGUUUUACCACUCGCUUCAAUCGUGUAAUAUUUUUUUUAUCAGUCUUGUUAUCCUAAAAUAUUUAUCUUGCAACAGAUGAUCAUUACUUUUGUUAACUGCCUGGUCGACUGAUAGUUUUCUAACUUACUUUUCUCUCUUUGUAUCCAGUAGGAAGUCCAUUUUAAUGCCCUCUGUUACUCAAUAUUGAUUUAUUAUGAUAUCAAUCACUAGCAACUGUCAGUUUUUAAGACUGAGACUUCUUUUUGUUGAGAAGUUUGCCAUGAAAAUUCUGUCAGUUAGGAUACCAGCUGUCAUAAUUGCAAAAUAUAGAAGCACUCAAAACAUUUUAAUCAGCUCGUUUCUUCUCAAUUCGAAAGCGAAUAAAGCUCAUUUGAGUUUGAUCUGUACAUUUAGCCAAGUUUAGCUGCCUUAUUUCUGUAAAAUUGUAAAUAAGUUUAUUUGUAAAUUCCUCAUCCAAAUAUUCUUCAAUGGAAUGAAUCUCAAAUUUUCUGAUACAGCAGGUACAAAACAGAAUUCAUCAACUUCAAGUGGAGAAGGAAAGACUUCAGAAUGACUGCUGAAUUUCAUGAAAGUCAAUUCCUUUCUUAUACUAAGGGUUAAAAUUGAAAACUGGAGUACUUCCUUUCUCUGUAAUUGCUCAAUUUUCAAUCUGCUCUUUUUGAAUUCAUCUAAAGUGUCACUGCUUAAUUUUAAAGGCUAAUUGUUAUGGUUCUUUUGUUUGUUUUUUAAAGGGUGGCUGCUUUAAAACUCAGUCUAAAUUUAUCAACACUAUUGUUUGGUCUUGUUUCAGUAUCUUUUUCAGUAAAAAUCAGUAUCAUCAGCACUAAUAGUUCAAAUAUUUAGUAUAAAAUUCAAAUUAAUGAUUGAAAUCUCUAUCGACCAUCCAAAAACAUUUCUUCGUUUCACAAUUUUCACUCACAAUGCAAACACCCUCUUCGACAAAGAAAUCAGAACUAUUUGUCAGCUUGUUAUGUUCAAAUAAUUGAAUGCAUACUAAAGCCUUUCUCCUUCUCUAAUAUCAGAUGUGUGAUUUUUAUGUUGCUGUUUGUUUCAUACAUAAAAUCAGCUGUUAUUACAGUAUCUGCUGCUCCAGUUCGAAACGAGUGGUUUUUGAAAAUCAUUAGGAGCUUAAGUUUUGUAACUGUUUUUAUACCAUUUCCUGGAAAGAAAAAAGAAAUAAAUAUAUAUCCUUUUUGUAAA